AUGCCACAAGAAGCUCUUGUGAAAACACCAUGGGCAGGCGAGCGGGCAGCGUGUUGCCAAGAGCUGCUGCACAACCGGUGCCAGCCUUGCAGGUCACCGUGGUGGUCGCUCCUGAGGUGUGCCUCCACUUCGCUCUGGCAACUUCUUCUCUUGGCUGCUGCAAGUCCGUUGGGAGGGUACAAGUGUAAGAAAGUUGCUUAUGGUGAAAACACUUCGGCAUCGAUAAGUAGAACCACUGCAGUGUGCCUGGCUGUGUGUGUUGGAGCAGCUGCAAGCAUCUCUGCUCAUCAGGCUUCCCCACACGUCCACCCAGGAUGCUCAGCAAGAGCUGCCAUGCACUCCAUCCCUGCUGCAGCUCGCCCUGCAAAAGAUGGCAGAAGACCUGAAGCCAGGCGGAGGGGAGCACUGGUGCAAAGUGCCUGCCUUCGCCAGAGCUUGGCGAUGUUACGAGGGAUGCUGCCGCAGGGAGAUCUUGAAAACUCCAGGACGAAGAUGAGAAGCGCGGUGUCAGUUCGAGAGGGGCAGGGAGUCGUGCUGCUCUGCGGACCACCCCCCCGGGCGGGAGAAUUGUCAUUUGCUUGGAUCUUCAAUGAAUAUCCAUCAUUUGUACAAGAGGACAGUCGUCGAUUUGUGUCUCAAGAGACUGGUCACCUCUACAUAGCCAAAGUGGAGCCGUCAGAUGUAGGGAAUUACACCUGUGUUGUAACCAGCACUGUGACCAACAGCCAAGUUCUUGGGUCACCAACUCCUCUCGUCCUGCGCACGGAUGGUGUGAUGGGAGAAUAUGAACCCAAAAUAGAAGUUCAGUUUCCUGAGACACUUCCUGCAGCUAAAGGCUCCACCGUGAAGCUCGAAUGCUUUGCACUAGGAAACCCUGUGCCUCAGAUUAACUGGAGAAGAACUGAUGGGCUGCCAUUUCCAAGUAAAAUAAAGCUGAGGAAAUCCAAUGGCAUGAUUGAAAUACCUAAUUUCCAGCAAGAGGAUGCAGGGCUGUACGAAUGUAUUACUGAAAACUCAAGAGGAAAAAACAUUGCAAGAGGACGUCUCACUUACUAUGCAAAACCUCACUGGAUCCAGACGAUAAAAGAUACUGAAGUUGCUGUGGAGGACACCUUAUACUGGGAUUGCAGAGCAAGUGGGAAGCCCAAGCCGUCGUACAGGUGGCUGAAGAACGGAGACCAACUGUCAAUAGAGGGAAGGAUCCAAAUUGAAAACGGUGCACUUACAAUAUCAAAUCUAAAUCUGACAGAUUCUGGCAGAUACCAGUGCAUAGCUGAAAAUAAACAUGGUGUCAUCUAUUCAAGUGCAGAGCUCAGGGUUGUAGCUUCUGCUCCAGAUUUUUCCAAGAAUCCAAUGAAGAAACUGAUCCAGGUUCAAAUAGGCAGCACAGUUAAUUUUGAAUGCAAACCAAAAGCUUCCCCUAAGGCCAAAUGCUCCUGGAAGAAGGGAGGUGAGCAGCUACACGAAAAUGAAAGAAUCGUGUUAUUAAAUGAUGGAGGACUAAGAAUAGCCAACGUGACCAAAGUUGAUGCUGGAAGCUACACGUGCUUGGCAACAAACCAGUUUGGAACAGCCAGUGGCUCAACAAACCUAAUAGUUACAGAGCCAACCAGGAUUACUUUGGCACCUUCCAACAUGGAUGUCACUGUCGGAGAAAGUGUCGUCUUGCCUUGCCAGGUUCAGCACGAUCCUAUACUGGACAUCAGCUUCACCUGGUAUUUCAAUGGAACGCUCACUGACUUCAAGACAGACGCUUCUCAUUUUGAGAAGGUUGGAGGG